AUGAAUCUGGGACCUGGAGGAAAACAACCGAUAAUGCGAUCGACGACUUUUGUUGAUAUUAAUGGACAACAAAAAAUUCAGCAAAUGAUAUUCGAUGAAAAUCAUCUCGACUUCACUAUGCGAGGACAAUCAAAAGGGAUAAGGAGGAUAUUAAUGGAAAGAGAUCUUUGGAGAGAAGG